UAAAUAUACAUUCAAUUUUUAGCCCAUUCAAAUUUAAUUUGACAUAACUUGAGAAUUUAUUCAAAUUUUCAUGUACCGGUAGAUGUUAAUUAAUGGUUUAAUAUGAAUGAUACAUUUAUUCUGACCUGUACAAUACGUAAAACUGUUUAACAUAUUUAUACAUCUAGCGAUUAAUGGAGAGGCUAGAAUACAUCCAUCGUUUGAGAAAAGAACAAUAUUUAUGUUUUAGAAAUCAAAAUCAUCAUUUCUUGCCAUUUGUUUCUUCAUCAGUCAUAAAGAUUGUAUUUAUAAUUAUAAAAAAAUUUGGAUUAAACUCCAAUACUAAAUAUAUUGCUCUCAACUUGUACGAUAAAUGUAUGAAAAAUCAAUUUCAAGAAAUUUAUAAAGAGAAUAGAAAUGAUAAAAAUUUUAUUCAGUGGAAACAUUUGCGCAACAAAAUAAUAAAUCUUUCUAAAAUAAGAUUAAUAUCUUGCAUUCAACUGGCAAGUAAACUAGAUUCUCACAGCAAUUUUUUGAGGUUAUCACAGGGAGUGACUGCUUUGAAACUGAUAGAUUUCUUGAAGAACCAACAACACGAAUAUUUUUUUGAAACUCUUCUCUUUUCUGAAUUUUCAGUUUGUAAGGUUAUAUCUUUUCAAAUGCUUAUUACUCCUUUAGAUUGUAUUGAAGUCUUAAUGUCAAUAUUAAAUUUUCAAAACAUAUCAGAAUUACGCUCCAUUGCAUUGGAUAUUCUUGAUUUAGUGUUAAUUCAGGGUCAACAAUUACUUUCAAAAUUACAAUCCUUUAAAUUUUGUUCAAUACCAAAAAGUAAAUCGGAACGACUUCAUGGAACGAAUUCUAUGACAUUGGAAUUAGAUCUACUUUGUUUAAGUUCUUCAAUUAUUGUCUGUGCGCUAUCAUAUUUAAAUAUUGAACAGGCUAUGUCUCUUCAUAUAGUUCAAAAAUUAUCAUCAUUAAUAUAUAUAAAUUCUGAAAAAAUUAUUUUAAUAGCUUAUAUUAUUCGUUCAAUAGUUCAUUCUUGUUAAUUUAUUUUUGUUUUCUAUCUUAUGAAUAAUGAUUAUCAAUAAAGAUUUAAAUCGAGUUUCUUCAAUACAUACGUAUGUUCAACAGAAUUUGUAUACAUAUAUAAAUAUCUUUGAAAAAUA